AUGUCGAACAGCCGCAAACUAAAGGGUCAUGGCAUGAGGAGAGGCAAGAACAGAUCUCCCCACAAGGGUGUCAAGAGAGGUGGCAGCAAAAGAAAGUACCGGAAGGGCAGCCUGAAGAGUAGGAAGCGGUACGAUGACGCCAGUCGCAGCUACCGUUCCCACUUGUGA